GAAAGCUGGCGACGAGCCGAACCUGCUCCGCGCUCCUCCCCCGCCGGCGCUCCUCGGCCCGGCUGCCGCGGUCAUGACCGAUAACAUCCCUUUGCAGCCGGUCAGGCAGAAAAAGCGGAUGGACAACAAGCACCGCGGCGGAUGCUGUGAUUGCCUAAGAUGUUGUGGAAGAAGAGACCCCAGGCCUCGAACUGUCUGGCUUGGCCAUCCCGAAAAGAGGGAUCAGAGAUAUCCACGCAAUGUCGUCAACAACCAGAAGUACAACUUCUUUACUUUUCUACCAGGAGUCCUGUUCAACCAAUUCAAAUAUUUCUUCAAUCUCUACUUUUUAUUUCUUGCCUGUUCUCAAUUUGUUCCUGAAAUGAGGCUUGGUGCACUUUACACAUAUUGGGUUCCACUGGGCUUUGUGCUUGCUGUUACCAUCAUCCGUGAGGCUGUAGAAGAGAUCCGAUGUUACAUGCGUGACAAGGAAGUCAACUCUCAGAUUUACAGCAAGCUCACAGCAAGAGGCACAGUGAAGGUGAAAAGUUCGAAUAUUCAAGUGGGAGACCUUAUCAUUGUGGAAAAGAACCAACGGGUCCCUGCUGACAUGAUUUUCUUGAGGACAUCAGAAAGAACGGCUCCUGCUUUCCUCCGAACGGAACAGCUGGAUGGUGAAACAGAUUGGAAACUGCGUCUCCCUGUCAGCUGUACUCAGAGGUUACCUACUGCUUCUGACCUUCUUCAGAUCAGAUCAUAUGUUUAUGCAGAGGAGCCAAAUAUUGACAUCCAUAACUUCGUUGGGACAUUCACAAGAGAAGACAGUGAUCCCCCUUGUGAAUGAGAGCUUGCGUAUUGAAAAUACCUCUGGGCUAGCACAGUAAUUGCUUUAGGAACAGUUGUGGGAGUUGUUCUCUAUACAGGUCAAGAGUUGCGCAGUGUCAUGAAUACCUCAAAUCCACGCAGUAAGAUUGGUCUCUUUGACUUAGAAGUUAACUGUCUGACCAAGAUACUCUUUACGGCCUUGGUGGUGGUCUCCCUUGUCAUGGUUUCCCUCCAACACUUUGCUGGCCGCUGGUACCUUCAGAUCAUCAGAUUUCUCUUGUUCUCAAAUAUCAUCCCUAUCAGUUUACGGGUGAAUCUUGACAUGGGAAAAAUUGUCUACAGCUGGAUGAUCCGGAGGGAUUCUAAAAUUCCUGGCACAGUAGUUCGAUCUAGCACAAUCCCAGAGCAACUAGGCAGAAUAUCCUAUUUGCUUACUGAUAAGACAGGGACUCUAACACAGAAUGAGAUGGUUUUCAAACGUGUCCAUCUUGGAACAAUGGCUUAUGGGUUUGACUCCAUAGAUGAAGUUCAGAGCCAUAUCUUUAGCAUAUAUACAGAGCAGUCGCAGGAACCACCUGCUUUAAAAGCACCCAACCUGGCUACCAAAGUCCGAAAAACCCUGAGCAGCCGUGUCCAUGAGGCUGUGAAAGCAAUUGCUCUCUGCCACAAUGUGACUCCUGUCUACGAAUCGAAUGGUGUGACAGAUCAGGCUGAAGCUGAGAAGCAUUAUGAAGAUUCUUGCAGGGUGUACCAAGCUGCUAGUCCUGAUGAGGUGGCCCUGGUGCAAUGGACAGAAAGUGUUGGCUUGACACUGGUUGGAAGGGACCAGGCUUCUGUGCAGCUGAGGACUCCUGGUGGCCACAUUCUAAACUACACCAUCCUCCAGAUUUUCCCCUUCACGUAUGAAAGUAAACGAAUGGGGAUUAUUGUUCGGGAUGAAUCUACAGGAGAAAUAACAUUCUACAUGAAAGGGGCGGAUGUGGUUAUGGCAGGCAUUGUUCAAUACAAUGACUGGCUGGAGGAAGAGUGUGGUAACAUGGCAAGAGAAGGAUUAAGAGUUCUUGUAGUAGCAAAGAAAUCCCUGUCUGAGGAGCAAUAUCAAGAUUUUGAGGCCCGCUACGUCCAAGCAAAAUUAAGUGUCCACGACCGCUCCCUGAAGGUAGCCACAGUGAUUGAGAGCCUGGAGAUGGAGAUGGAGCUGCUCUGUCUGACUGGAGUAGAAGAUCAACUACAGGUGGAUGUCAGGCCAACUUUGGAAACUCUGAAAAAUGCUGGCAUUAAGGUAUGGAUGCUCACAGGGGAUAAACUGGAAACAGCCACGUGUACAGCUAAGAAUGCACAUCUGGUAACCAGGUCUCAGGACAUUCAUAUAUUUAGACUGGUGACCAACCGUGGAGAAGCACAUUUGGAGCUAAAUGCUUUCCGACGCAAGCACGACUGCGCCCUGGUGAUUUCUGGGGAUUCCUUGGAGGUAUGCUUGAAAUACUAUGAGUAUGAGUUCAUGGAACUGGCUUGCCAGUGUCCAGCAGUCAUCUGCUGUAGAUGUGCCCCAACACAAAAGGCUCAAAUUGUACGCUUACUCAAGGAGAGAACUGGGAAGCUGACCUGCGCAGUAGGUGACGGGGGAAACGAUGUCAGUAUGAUUCAGGAAGCAGAUUGUGGUGUCGGUGUUGAAGGAAAGGAAGGAAAACAAGCCUCCCUUGCAGCCGAUUUCUCCAUCACUCAGUUUAAGCACCUGGGGCGGCUAAUGGUGCAUGGAAGAAACAGCUACAAAAGAUCUGCUGCUCUCAGCCAGUUUGUGAUCCACAGAAGUUUGUGCAUCAGUACCAUGCAGGCAUUUUCUCUUCGGUUUUACUUUGCUUCUGUUCCGCUCUAUCAAGGCUUUCUCAUCAUUGGGUAUUCUACCCUCUACACCAUGUUUCCAGUAUUCUCUCUAGUGCUGGACAAAGAUGUCAAAGCGGUAGUGGCCAUGUUGUAUCCAGAGCUCUACAAAGAUCUCCUGAAGGGAAGGCCGUUAUCUUAUAAGACAUUUUUGAUCUGGGUUUUAAUAAGUAUCUACCAAGGGAGCAUAAUUAUGUAUGGUGCACUUCUGCUUUUUUGAGUCGAAUUUGUCCACAUUGGAAUUUCCUUCACAUCCUUGAUCCUCACUGAACUGCUGAUGGUGGCACUGACCAUUCAGAUGCACUGGCUCAUGAUAGUGCAGAAUUACCAGUCUGUCAUGCUACAUUGCUCACUGGUCUUCUUACAUGAAUUUAUCGGUAACUAUCUUUUGUCAACUUUAUCAUUCUUAUGGAAGGUGACUGUGAUCACCUUAGUCAGCUGUCUUCCUCUCUAUGUCCUAAAGUACCUGAGACGAAGGUUUUCUCCCCCAAGUUAUUCAAAACCUCACCUCGUAGGGGCAAGGACUUCGCUUUUCUUCUUUGCACAGUGCUUACAGACUCAAUAAAUGUGUAUUCAUCAUCGAACGAUGUCCGACAGUUGGAUAAACAAUCUGCACUGGCUGGGGAACAUUGCUGGAAGACUGAAUAAUUCAGUUAAAACAAAACAAAAAACCCUCACAGUCAAACGAAGCAGAGAAAACUUAUACCCGCGAUUCAGUUUUGUACUUUUAUAUUAUCAAACUGAAAACAAAUGCAUGUAACUGGGAAGGAAAAAAUUGUCUGCCUGGGAUGGGUUCUACUUUCCUGGAAAGUGCUGAGUCAACUGUUGAGAUGACAAAUGUUUCAAAUGUCUUUUCCUUUUUCUGGGGGGGGGGGUUGACUUAUUUAAUUUCCUCAUUUUUAUUGCUACUUAUCUUUUGAGUUCAGGUCCUCAUUGUGAACAUUUUCUGUGCCUUGGGAACGCUUUCAACUGAGCAACGCAACAGUGUAGUUUAACAGGCCACUAGACAUACCUCAUGCCAGGCUGACUUCUUUGAUGGUGGUCCAACGCAAAUCACAAUUACUGAUUCUGAUUAUUGGCUUCGAUUUUCUUGAAUUUUCUGCAAAAAAAAAAAAGGAAUUCAGAGAUGAGUCUUUCCAGUUAAAACAUCUUGUGGUGGUUUUCUAAAGGAAAUGUGUCUUUUUUCCUAAAGAGAAAUUAUUGAACAGUUUUUGGGGGCAGAGAAGAAAAUUGUAACCUCAUAUCCUGGUUCUGCAAGGACAAACUGCCCAAUUUAUUAACACAAAGGUAAGAGUGGAUGAUCAUUUCCAGGAAAAGAAGAACAGUUAGAAGCUUAGAUUUCACCCUACAAUUACCAGCCACCUUCCCCUCUGCAACCUCCAGCUCUCUUUCCUGAGGUUUUCUGCAAAACAGCUAAAAACAAGCUUGGCUGCCAGAACCAAAGAGAAUAAAGGGAGUGAGAUAACUGACAGGUAAGAAAAAGGAUCAGAAGUUAGGGAUAGGCAACUCCUUGGGAGUUAUUAAAGAAACGUUUGUGCAAAGCACAACUCUGAAGCUACUUCGCAAAAGCAACAGACCUUUACUCAUGUUGUUAGUUUGGAAGAGACUGUACACUACAUGGAUGCAAUAUCAUUUUCUGUCCAAUGAAACUCCUAGAUUCGGACUGAUGCACAAUACUUGAGGGAGGUUGUUACCUGUAUGGCUUUAUCUGUUCUGCCUAGCAUAAAUCCCCCUAUCCCUGCCUUUUUGGAUAUUUAUUAAGAAUAAAUUCUUAAUGCUAAUUCUCCCAUGCACAUUCCCCAAUUCACAUGACAUUAUUUUCUCUCAGAAUGCAGGUUUUAUUAGACUUUUCCCCAGGUAUUUGGUGGUGGUUAUAAAUGUGCAGUUGCAUCCUCACGCUGGAGGAGAAGAAAUGAUUAAAACACUCCCACCAACAUUGACCUAGCAAUGAGAGCAAACCCUACUCCUUACUAGCACUGAUGAUGUUACCUAGUUUGGAUAAUGAAACAUCUGCAAGAAAACAAUCUAGCUCAGGGAGCACCAAGGACCCCUCAUCUUUCUUUCCAUUUUCUUCACUUUCCUGUAACAAAGGAAAAAAUCUUGUCGUAGAGCAGAUGGCACUAAGACUUGAACAUUGAAGCACUCAGAGUUUAGAUUUAAGGUGGAAAGAAAUGUAAGCUAGAAUAUUACACUCAGCUAAAAUAUUGUACUCGGUUGAGUUGAGCAAAACUUUUGCACUCUGGUGCUUCCUAUUGGAUAGAGUAUUUCUAGUGGGGUACAG